GUACUAACAAUAACGUCGAGGGAUGGCAUUGCAGACUAAAUUCUUCGCUUUAUCAUGUUCAUCAUCCAAAUUUUUACGUAUUUCUUAAUAGUUUAAAAGAAGAUUUUGCGUUCAAUACGGCUAUUAUGACACAAACUUCUGCCACUGGUGCAACACCCUCACGUAAAAAGUUAUAUGUUCAACGAAAUACACGCAUUCUUGAUUUGGAAAAAAGAUAUAAAGAACACAAAUUAACAUUAAAUGAAUUUCACGACCGAAAAAAGUCGGCAAAACAAGAAUAUUUUUAA